AUGGCACCUGCGCCUGUGCCCCCUGCUCAGCCUGAUGAGCAUCAGUAUUGGACAGAUGCCAUUCUCUGCGAGGAAACUCGAGCCAGACUUAAACACUUUCGUAAUCUUGGAUGGCUCCCCAUAAAUUUAAAACCCAAGACGUUGGAAGGUAUCGCUGUUAUUGAACGCUACUGGCGGAAGUAUUGUAUGCAAUCGAAAGAAGACUACGUCGAAUACCUACUUUUGGAGGAUCAAGCGAUUUACAUGAACUUCUUUGAUUGGAUGUUUAAAACCUCACGAAAAAAGCUGCUUCAAUCAUACGAUGAAUACUGGCGUCGUCUUUGUCAAUACUUCAGUCUGUUUGCACGCCGCCGCGUCAGCGAUGCAGUCCAUGAACAGAUGCGACGAUUCCUGGAUAACGUGUUCCCGGCCGAGCGCAAGAUUGCCCGACGAAUGAAACAAAAGAACACCUUAGAUGUGGACGUCUUCUGCGUGACUUACCGUCAUCACUGGGUUCAUUCGACAUUUUUCCGUCAUGGAAACUCUGUCUGCUACCGAGAUAUCGAGCUCUUCUAUUUGAAAGACCCUCAAAGCAACCGGGAUGUUCUGUGCGCUAUCAUCGAGUUCCGUAAUCUCAAAGGUCGUCCAGAAGGCGCCGAUGGGACCAAAUUUUUCAUGCAUGGGGAUUACCAACUGGCAUAUUGCCCUAUUGCCCAAAUCAUUUCAUUUGCCUUCCGUGACGGGGCUUUUGAAAACAAUCUGACACCAGAGCUCAUCUGGCGGCUACGAGUUCCGAAACGCAGUGGAUCUCUUCCCCUUCGGUGGAAGCAGGAGGUUCUUGAUAUCCCCCUCCUUCGACGCCUUGAGCGCACUCCCUACGGUUAUGAACUACACAAGACUUUACCAAUGACGUAUAACUCUUCUCGACAAGCGCUCCGAGAGUUAGGUCGCGAUGCUAAAUUCGAAGACGAUAUUGGGCACUACAGUUACCGGCGCUGGGCUGCAAAUGAAGUUAAUCGGAACUUUACCAGCCAGGAACGUCAGAGGGUGCUCGGACAGUCUGGUGACGCUGUAUUUGAAAAGCACUAUCAAUCCCAGUUUAUCGGACGUGAUCUUCAGCAUGUUGUCCUCCUUCGACCGUCUCAGGAAGGUCUCUUACGGGUCGCAGGAAGCAUGCUCAGAAAAAGAGACCCAUUAGCACCGUCCAAACUUACUAAUACGCAUAGGCGUGCCAUUUGCCAACACCCAGAAAUCCUACAGCUUAAAAGGGAGAAGAGAGAGCUUAUGGCAGAGAUGCGAUCCCUCGCCGGGACUGUUAAGAAUGCCCGAGAGCGCUUUCCGCACCUCUAUCAAAGGCAUGAAGCCGCCAAAAAAGAAAUGGCCAGACUUCGCAAAAUUUUGGCAACCAGUACUCGAGAGACAGCCAGAAAAGACUAUUUCCGCAACGCACCUGUACUUGAAGUCGACAGACAGAUCAAGCAGCUUCUUGGCGAGCCUGAUAAUGAAACGUGUAAUGCGGACAGUUCUGACGAUGAAGACUGGGAGUUGCCUGCCCCGAAUUACAUUUUUCCUGAACGAGCACGCCUUGUGGAGGACUUUUACGGGCCUGAAGCAGAGAUCUUUGACGAAGACAAACUGCUUGCGCGUCGUAUCCAGGUUACCAAGGACAUGGUUGCGCUCCUAGGGCUCUGCGAGCCAACCCGGCGAGGCAAUCGUGUUGAUUGGAAAUUUGACGACGAGGGUGAUGAACUGCUAGACCUGCCAGGGGAACCCUCGUCUCCCGAGGAAGAUACUCUGAAAUGCCCAACAGAUUUCUGCAUCAUUUGCUAUGGCAUAUCUUGCCGCUCGGCGUCGAACCCUCCUCCGCAUAAAUUUUCUCCCAAGCGACUCGACUCUCUUCGUCGUCAUCUCAUCGAUUCUCAUUUACUUUAUGCACACGACGGGAUUAGCUGCAACUGGGAAGCUUGUCGUAAUCUUCCUAGGUUCGCUAAAAUUACCGAAUUUUUGGCCCAUGCUUUCACAGUACACUCUUAUGAUGUCAAGAUCAAAUUGUGUCAUCUCCCACAAGUAUCACACCUUAACUGCAGCGAAACUUUAUUCAGAGAAGUGUCUUUAGAAUCAGAAAAUCGGCAAGGCACCGAAACCCCUGCCUCCUCCGCUGGUUUUGAUAUUGCAAAUAUCGACCCUCGAUUGAUGGAAAACUGCUCUAUUACCGUGAUGAAGCCUUUAGCAAACAAGCCAUACACUGAAAAUUCCUCCUCUACUGGAUGUCUAGUGACGAGCACUGAUUUGAACUUGGCGGAGAUUUCUACACGGCGAGUGACGAGGGGAGCAGCAAAGGCAGCAAAUCUAGAACCCGUUCCUGCGCUGGGAUCUCCAUUACAGCAUGCGACGCGCUUGUCUCGAAAACGCGGGCGAACAGACGAGCAGCCCGGGGGGGGACCAAGGGGAAAAUGA